AUGGCGACUUUUCCGGUCGACCAGAUGAGCAACGUGCCGAUCGCCCUGCAGGUCCUAGGAUCGGUACUGGUAGCCGUUCUGAGCAUCCUCAUUUGGAGAAGGUAUCUGUCUCCCCUGCGAGAUAUCCCUGGCCCUUUCGCUGCAUCCUUCACUCGCCUGUGGCACAUGAAGCGGAUCCUGAAAGGCGACCAGAACCUUGAACUAAUCCGUCUCCACGAGAAAUAUGGUCACUUUGUGCGUAUCGCCCCAGAUGAAGUCAGCGUCAGUCACCCGGAUGGGCUGAGAAAGGUCCUCCUUACGCCACUGCGCAAGGGCGACUGGUACAAGAUUGUGCACUUCCCGGACAGGCGCUUCAAGAACCCCAUGGGUGAGACAGACCCGGCGACCAAGAACGAGCUGAGCAAGCAUGUCGCCUCGGGCUAUCUCCUCAGCAACCUGCUGCAAGCAGAGCCAGCCGUCGAUGACACGAUCGAGCUGCUCCUCGGCUGGCUGGAUAAGCACGUAGAUGAGCGCAAGCCUCUUGACCUGGACCGCUUCUUCACCUAUACCACUUUCGACGUCGUCGGCGAAGUAAUCUUCUCCAAGUCCUUCGGCUUCCUGCGCGAGGGCAAGGACAUCGGCGGAGCCAUUGCCAACUCCCUAGCCCAAAACAUCUACGUCGCUGUUGGUGGCUACAUGCAAUGGUUCCACUUGCUGCUGUCCAACCCGUUGGUGACAUGGCUCGACAUCCUCCCCUUUGGCCACAUCAUCGACACAGCGAUGGGCGCAAUAAAGGAGCGGGAGAAGAACCCUGAGGCGCGCUUCGAUGCCGUAGCACAUUGGUUCCGAUACCUCGAGCAGAAUCCGGACCGCAUGACAGCUAGAGAGAUACAAUCAGCCGCUGCCAAUGCCGUGGCCGCGGGCGCGGACACUGUUGCGUGUGGCCUGCAGUCCUUUGUCUACCACAUGAUCCGCCGCCCGGACCUUUGGCAGCGGGUGAGGAAGGAAAUUGACGACGCGGGAUUGUCGGCGCCGGGGAUGCAGAAGAAGGUGGUGCCAUAUUCUGAAGCACAGAAACUUCUUCUCUUGCAGGCCUGCAUUAAGGAAGCCCUGCGGGUGUUUAGCCCAGCUCCGAUGGGUCUUCCGCGUGUAGUCGGUGAGGGUGGUGUUACAAUUGGUGACCGCACGUUCCCAGAAGGGACGACUUUAUCAGUCAGCGCCUGGGUGAUACACCAUUCCAAGGAGUUCUGGGGUGCGGGCGCGAGUGAGUUUCGUCCGGAAAGGUGGCUGGCUGGCGCGAAGUCGGCAGCCCUCGACAAGUACUACAUGCCUUUCGGACUUGGUUACAUGUCCUGUCCUGGGCAAAAUAUCACUAAGAUCGAGCUCUCCAAAAUCUGUGCGACAAUUGUUCGGGACUAUGAUAUUCGCCAGGUCGACUCUAGCCAGGAAUGGCAAUGGAAGCCGUACUUCACUGUUGCCCCACACUCAUGGCCCUGUUAUGUCGAGAAGCGGCAAUAG